AUGGCUGAGACGCAGGAGCAGCUGCUGCAGCUGCAGAAGGACAACCGCGACGGCCGCCAGCGCAAGCAGGAGCUGGAGGAGCUGGUGCGAGGGCUCGAGGCGGAGAGCGAGAGCCUCACCGGGCGCCUGCAGGACCUGCGCGGGCUGGAGCGCGGCCUGCAGCGGAGGCGAAGCCAGGCGGCGCGGGCGCUCCGAGGGGAGGUGCGGGAGGCGGCGCGGGAGCGCGCGGAGCGGGCGCGCGCACUGCUGGAAGCGGCCGAGCGCCACAAGCGGGAGCUGGAGCAGCAGAACGUGCGGCUGCAGGAGCAGUGGGAGGAGCUGUCCAGUCAGCUCUUCUACUACGGAGGAGAGCAGCCGAGUCAGCAACGCGCGGAGCAGCAACUCGGGACCCAACUGGUAGCGCUGCAGAAACAGCUGGAGGUGCUAGAGGCCAAGUACGCCAUGCAGGCGGAGAGUUUGCGGCAGGGCGCACAGCGGACGGAGGAGGCCUGGGCCAGCUUCCAGGAGCAGAGCGGGGUCCUGCAGGAACUGCAGGGAAAAGUGAUGGAGGCUGCAGCAGCGCUGGACGCCUCGCGGGGCAACCCGGGACCGUGGGACGCCGAGUCUCGUCCCGAGCAGGACUGCGCGGGCUCGCUCAUGCAGGAGGUGGCCGAGGCGGACUGUGAGAAGCGGCUGCUCGGCGGUGCGGGCGCAGGUGGCGUCGGGCUCUGGGCCCUCGGCGCGCUGCAGACGCUGCUGCUGCUGCCGCUCGGCUUCCUGACGCUGCCGCUGCUGUACGCGGCGCUGCUGAACCCCGACGGCCUCCGGCAGGGCCUCCCGCACCUGGGCUCGGACGCCGCCCGGCGCCGUCUGCGCUAUACGCUGUCCCCGCUGCUCGAGCUGCGUGCGCGGGGACUACUGCCCUCCUAG